AUGCCUCUCAACAAAACUGAUUCAUUGUUUGCACGUAUUGGUCAAGCAUUAGGACGUGAGAAAACAUCAACAGCAGAUAAUAAAGAAGAAAUUCGUUAUGCUGUACGAAAAAUUAAUCAACAUUUUUAUGCUGAAAAACCAAAUGCUGAAUUAAUUGCAAAACAUGCCAAUGUUAUUGUCGAUCUUUUACUUUCAAUGCAUAAUUGUUCCGAUGAUUUUGAAUUAUUAAGUCAUAUACUUAUUACUAUACGUGAAAUACUCGAUUGUGAUAAAAAAACACGUCGACCAUUGGUUAAAGCGUUAAUAAAAAAUGAUGUAUGCAGUUUUUUAUUGCACAAUCUUCGUGCAGUUGCUGAUGAUCGAGGUUUAGGUCAAGAGGUCGCAUUACAAAUUCAUCAAGUUUUAGCGAUUAUUGGUCAUCAUGAUAAACGUCUUCCUUUAAAAGCUCGUCUAUUCAAAACGAUAGGAUCUACAAUUGGUUUAUUACGUGUAUAUAGUUACAAUGCAAAAAUCUGUCCAGUUAUUUUAACACUUUUAAAAAUCUAUGCAAAAAAUGCAAUAACUGCUUCUGCUAUAUGUCGAGCUCAAGGUUUACAACCUUUACUACGCUUAGCAUUAACACUCGAUCGUCGUCAUGCUAAAUUACAAAAAUCAUCUAUUACAGUUGUUCGAUAUCUUACACAAACUAAAAAACUAGCUGCUCGUGCAACGUCUACGAGUAUAGUUCGUGAUAUUUUAGCUGUUGUUUUCCUAAUGGAUAAAUCUCAAGGUCAAAAUCGUAUACGAACAAUCAAACUAAAAGAAAAUCUUCUUAAAGUGCUCUUAAAUUUAGUUAAAUCAAAAAAUGGUCGUCUUCAAUUUUUAGAAGCUAAUGGUUUCUAUUUAUUAUACGAAUUAGCUAUGAAUGUUUUACAAAAUGAUAAUUUUUCUACAUUUCUUGAUCUUUCAUGUCAUAUUAUGAUACAUUGUUGUCCAAGACAACAAUUACCACUUGAAAAUAUUUUUAGUCCAGUACGAUAUACGCUACCACAAGGUUAUGAUUAUAUUGUUACGAAUGAAUUAAUGAAUGCUGAACCUGAAAUAUGCAAAGAGUCUGAUGAUAUGCGUGAAAAAUCUAAACUGAUUUUUCCACCAAGUGAACAAAAUUCUCCUGGUGAACAACGUGCUCGACCAAAAUCAUCAUCAAAUUCCACAACGACGACAACAGCAAGAGCAUCAUCAGCAUCAAAAUCUUCCACAACAGUAACAACAGCAAACCGUCUAAAAUCUUCCAAAGGAACAAGAUCAGAUAAAAAAUCAGUUGAAUCUAAGAAAAAACCAAAUCUAAAUAGAAAUAAACAACGUCAAAUAUCAACAACAUUAGAUGAUAACGAUCCAGAUGAAACAGAAGAAGAUACAAUGGGUCUAGCUGAAGAUGAGGAACCAGAUGAUGAAGAUAGUGGAAAGUCAGAUGAAGAAGACGAAGAGGAUGAAGAUGAUGAGGAUGAUCGUUUUACUAAAGAAAAUUUCACAAAUUCUUCUAUUCCAUUACCAAAUAAUGAACCCGUAACACGUGACGCAUAUGAAUUAUCUGUUGCAUAUGAACAAUUUUUUGAUGAAAUAAAUGAUCCAAUUAAUAUACUUCGUUUGAAAAGAGCACAGACUAUUUUUGAUUCACGUACACAAAGUUUACUAUCACGAUUAUUUGAAAAUACUUUACCAGCAUCAUUAACACGUCUAGCCGAACGAUCGAGAUUUUGUUAUAAGCGCAUGCCAACGAAUUUAUUUUGUCAAACUUAUUCUAUACUUGCGAAAUCUACGAAAAGUGCCUACUGUUUUACAAAACUUGCUUUUCCAGAUGUUUUCAAUGCAUUAUCGUAUCCAAGAUAUGAAUUAAUGCAAAAAUCUGAUGAGCGAAGUGUUAGAACAACAUUACUUAGUGAUAUUCAUCGAAUUCUUUAUCCACCAUCGAUUUAUAAUCGAACUGUAUAUGAUUUUGAUACACUUGUUAAUCGAUCAACAAUAACAACAUUAUCGAAUGAUGAUGAACAAAGAUGUCGAACACAAUCAGCUGUUGAUCAUCUUAUGUUUGAUUCUCAAUUUGAAAGUGCAAAUUUAAGAAAAGCUAUUCAAGUUACUGAAGAAGAAUAUGAUUUAAUACUUCGACCUGAUGUAAAUACAUUUCGUCAUCAUCAAUGGUUCUAUUUUGAAGUAUCAAAUAUGCGUCAUAAUCUAACAUAUCGUUUUAAUAUAAUUAAUUUUGAAAAAAUCAAUAGUCAAUUUAAUGCUGGUAUGCAACCCGUUAUGUUUAGUGUACAUGAUGCACUUAAUGGUAGACCAUUUUGGCGUCGAAUAGGUGAAAAAAUUUCUUAUUAUAAAAAUAUUUAUGGAAGAAAAAAGAAAGUUUAUUAUACAUUAACAUUCAAUAUACAAUUUCCACAUGAUAAUGAUGUUUGUUAUAUAGCUUAUCAUUUUCCAUAUACAUAUACAACAUUAAUGACAGAUAUAGUUAAUUGGACAAAUACAUAUGAUCGAACAAAUAUUUAUUUUCGACAACAAGUACUUUGUAAAACAUUAUCUGAAAAUGAUUGUCCUUUAUUAACAAUAACUAAUUUAUAUAAUCAAAAUGAUUUAUAUCAAGAUGAAAAUCAAACAAUUCCAUUACAUGAAAGAACAUAUAUUGUACUAACAGCACGUGUUCAUCCAGGUGAAUCAAAUGCAUCAUGGGUUAUGAAAGGAAUUAUUGAUUAUUUAUUAAGUGAUGAACCAACAGCACGAAUUUUACGAGAUAGAUAUAUUUUUAAAAUUGUUCCAAUGCUUAAUCCAGAUGGUGUUAUCAAUGGAUGUUCACGUUGUUCAUUAGCUACUAAAGAUCUCAAUCGUCAAUGGUCAUCUCCAAAUCCUACAUUAUUUCCAACAAUUUAUCAUACAAAAGGUUUACUAGCCUAUUUAUCGACGUGUAGUUCGCGACCAAUAACACUUUUUUGUGAUUUUCAUGGUCAUUCAAGACAAAAAAAUUUCUUCUUUUAUGGUAAUGAUCCUCGUUGUCAUUUUCUUGGUCCUGCUGUUGGUCGUUCAACAAUAACAAAAUUAUUUCCAAAAUUAUUUACUGGUAUACCCGGAUUUUCAUUACAAAGUUGUUUAUUUACAAUGCGAAAACAAAAAGAAGGUUGUGCUCGUAUUGUUGUUUGGGAUGAAUUUAAAAUUGAUUUAGCUUAUACAAUGGAAGCAACAUAUAGUGGUUUUGAUGUUGGAUUAUAUAAAGGCAUACAAGUACAAAUAUCAACGUUACAAAUUAUUGGUCAUGAUUUUUGUCAAGUUUUAAUUAAAAUUGCUGAUCUAGAGUUGAAAACAGCUGAAACUAUUGUUCCAUUUGAAGAAUUAUUUAUUACAAAUGAUGGAUAUCAACCAGAAAAACGUGCACCUAAUGGUGAUGAAAAACGUCGUAGUUCUUCAUCAGCUUCUUCCUCAUCAUCAUCGUCCAGUAGUAGUUCAUUAUCAUCAACAGAUGGUGAUGCUCGUUAG